GAGCAAAGAGGACGGCUUCCGGGUUUGGCGCGGCCUUUGUCUCUCGCUGCAUUUGGAGCUCUAGGUCUUCUCAUCACUACUCUGUGUCCUAGAGGCCCACCCUCUGUGGCCCUGUGUCCUGUAGGUAUUGGGAGAUCCACAGCCAAGAUGUCGGGACCCCCUGGAAGCCUAGAAAUGGAACCAUUGCAAUUUAGAGAUGUGGCUGUAGAAUUCUCUCUGGAGGAGUGGCAUUGCCUGGACACUGCACAGCAAAAUUUAUAUAGGGAUGUGAUGUUAGAGAACUACAGACACCUGGUCUUCCUUGGUAUUGUUGUCUCUAAGCCAGACCUGAUCACCUGUCUGGAGCAAGGAAAAAAACCUCUGACUAUGAAGAGACAUGAGAUGAUUGCCAACCCCCCAGUUAUGUGUUCUCAUUUUGCCCAAGACCUUUGGCCAAAGCAGAACAUAAAAGAUUCUUUCCAGAAAGUGAUAAUGAGAGAAUUUGAAAAAUGUGGACAUGGCAAUUUACACUUUAAAAAAGGCUGUGAAAGCGUGGAUGAGUGUAAGGUACACAAAAGAGGUUAUAAUGGACUUAACCAAUGUUUGACAACUACCCAGAGCAAAAUAUUUCAGUGUGGUAAAUAUGUGAAAGUCUUUCAUCAAUUUUCAAAUUCAGAAAGACAUAAAAGAAGACAUAGUAAAAAAAAACCUUUGAAAUAUGUAGAAGGUGACAAAGCUUUUAAUCAGCCCUCAACCCUUACUACACAUAAAAAAAUUGAUAUUGGAGAGAAACCAUACAAAUGUGAAGAAUGUGGCAAAGCCUUCAACCGGUCCUCACACCUUACUACACAUAAGAUAACUCAUACUAGAGAGAAACCCUACAAAUGUGAAGAAUGUGGCAAAGUCUUUAAGUACUUCUCUACCUUUACUACACAUAAGAAAAUUCAUACUGGAGAGAAACCCUACAUUUGUGAAGAAUGUGGCAAAGCCUUUAAGUACCCCUAUACCCUUACUACACAUAAGAUAAUCCAUACUGGAGAGCAACCCUACAAAUGUAAAGAAUGUGACAAAGCUUUUAACCAUCCUGCAACUCUUUCUUCACAUAAGAAAAUUCAUACUGGAGAGAAACCAUACAAGUGUGAUAAAUGUGGCAAAGCCUUUAUUUCAUCCUCAAUCCUUAGUAAACACGAGAAGAUUCAUACGGGAGAGAAACCCUACAAAUGUGAAGAAUGUGGCAAAGCCUUCACCCGUUCCUCACACCUUACUAUGCAUAAGAUAAUUCAUACGGGAGAGAAACCAUACAAAUGUGAAGAAUGUGGCAAAGCUUUUACAUGGUCUGCAGGCCUCCAUAAACAUAGGAGAACUCAUACUGGAGAGAAACCCUACAAAUGUGAAGAAUGUGGCAAAGCCUAUACUACAUCCUCAAAUCUAACUGAACAUAAGACAACUCAUACUGGAGAGAAACCUUACAAAUGUAAAGAAUGUGGCAAAGCUUUUAACUGGUCCUCAGACCUUAAUAAACAUAAGAGAAUUCAUAUUGGACCGAAACCAAGAACGUGACAAAGCCUUAUUUUAUUAUUAUUAUUAUUUUUUUGAGAGGUUGUGGUGAGUCGAGAUCAUUGCACUCCAGCCUGGGCAACAAGAGCGAAACUCCAUCUCCAAAAAAAAAAAAAAAAUGUAUUUGUGUAUAACUUUAAAAGUAGAUUUUUGGAAGCAUUGUAAUUACAUUAAAAGUAUACUUGUUCCAGCUGGGCAUGGUGGCUCACGCCUGUAAUCCCAACACUUUGGGAGGCCAAGGCAGGUGGAUCACGAGGUCAGGAGUUCAAGACCAUCCUGGCCAAGAUGGUGAAACCCUGUCUGUACUAAAAAUACAAAAAUUAGACAUGUGUGGUGGUGGGCGCCUAUAAUCCCAGCUACUUGGGAGGCUGAGGCAGAGAACUGGAAUUGCUUGAACCCAGGAGGAAGAGGUUGCAGUGAGCUGAGGUCACACCAUUGUCCAGCCUGGGCGACAGAGCAAGACUCCAUCUCAAAAAAAAAGUAUAUUUGUUUCCUUAAAAAAAUUUUUCUGAAAAGUGAAUAAUGAUGUAAUACAGCUUUCAAAUUACUUUAUGCUGUUACUUUUUUCUUAUUGUAUUCACAUGUGAAAGCAUGUGUUCAAUUUUUGCUGCAUCAGAGAUAUUAGAGGUACUUUUUUAUUAAUUGGGCAUUUAUGACCUUUUCUAUAAAAGUAAGGACAUUAAAAUGUAAGAUGUCUGAUGAAAAUAUAAGUGGAGAGGCUCUUUGUAGUUAACCUAUAUUAAGUAAUGUAUAGGUAGGUGUUCAGAGUAAUACUUUUCUACAUUAUAGUGAGAGAAAUUAUAGAUAAAAGUAUGUUAAACUAAAUUAAUAUAUUUUACUUAUUGUACUUUUAUGUAAUAAAAUGCAGUACAUUUAAAAAUUGUUAGAUUAUGUGUGAAUUUAAUUUUAUGUUUUUUACCAUGUUAAGACUAUUGUGCAUUUAAUGAAGCAUUAUUAUGCCACUAACCUAUCCCACCUUACUCAAAGGUGUAGGUAAAAGAUGGUAGCAAUAUACUGUUUGGUACAUAAUGGAAUAACGUCUCCAGUAAUCACUUUGCCAGUGGCUUUAAACAGCAAGUGAAUUUAAGAAUAUUGUUCCCAUUGGUUAAAUUUUUAUUCUCUUUUCUUAUUGAAAUUUAUUAUUAGUAUUUGUGGGUAUAUAGUAUAUGUAUAUAUUUAUGCUUUAUAUGGCAUAUUUUGAUUCAGGCCUACAAUAUGUAGUAAUUACAUUAGGGUAAAUAAGGUAUCCAUCACCUCUAGCAUUUAUCCUUUGUAUUACAAACAGUGUAAUUAUAUACUUUUAGUUAUUUUAAAAUGUACAAUAAAUUGUUAUUGACUACAGGGUUAUUUUUAUGAACAUAAUAAAAAUUAUACAGAAAUAUAAAUAAAAUACAGCCAGGCCCAGUGGCUCAUGCCUGUAAUCCCAAUACUUUGGGAGGCUGAGGCAGGUGGAUUGCCUGAGGUCAGGAGUUCAAGACUAGCCUGGCCAACGUGGUGAAACCUCGUCUACUAAAAAUAAAAAAUAUAGCUGGGCAUUGUGGUGCAUGCCUGGAGGCUGAUGCAGGAGAUUCACUUGAAACUGGGAGCUGGAGGUUGCAGUGAGCUGAGAUUGCACCACUUCACUCCAGCCUGGGUGACAAACUCAAUCUCAAGAAAACAAGAAAUAGAAAUCAUACAUAUACUGAAAAAUUAUUAAUAAAUGUUUGUUAUAUGGUUUUCUUUGAACAUGUGGUCUCUGCCUGCAAACGUAGACUUUUAGUGUUAAUUUACAUGAGUUAUAUAUACACAUAUUACUCUGAAGAUAAACCUUAGGUGUAAGAAAAUUAUGGAGUGUGUUUGUUUGAGCAUGAGAUUGUAUGUAUUUUCAGAAGAACAAUUAUUGGAACAAAACAAAUUAUUUUAAUAAGGUGGCUAAUAAAAAACUAAGCACCUUGAGAAUGCUGAAAGCAAAUCUAUGCUUUCUGCUUUGUCUUGAAUUUACUAAUAUAAAAUUUUAUGGCUUAUGUUUCAAAUUUUUUUCAGAAUCUGCCUAUUAAAGUACAGGCAGCUUUGUCUCCAGAAACAACACUCUUGAGUACAACAAUAAAAGCCCUUUUCAAACAGAAAACAAAUAAUCAUAGUUAACACUUAUUUUAAUGAAAAUUCAACCAAAAUUAAAUUAUUGGAUAUAUUUUAUUGUCCUAUGUGUGUGUGAAUAUAUAAAAUGGUGCAGAAAGGAAAAAUAAGCCAGAAAAAAAGAUGUUAAUAUUUGUAAUGAAUAAAACUGGAAAUUAGUUAAUUAUUAUUUGCAGGUGAUAUCUUUGUUUAUGUAGAUAACAAAAGCAGCAGAAAACUUUCACGGAGUCUCUCUCUGUUGCCCAGGUGGGGUGGAGUGCAGUGGUGCGAUCUCGGCUCACUUCAAGCUCCGCAUCCGGGGUUCAUGCUGUUCUCCUGCCUCAGCCUCCCGAGUAGCUGGGACUACAGGCGCCCGCCACCAUGCCCAGCUAAUUUUUUGUAUUUUUAGUAGAGACGGGGUUUCACCGUGUUAGGCCAGG